CGGCGCGGGGACUGGCCGCGAUGGGACCGGAGGCGGCGCAGACAAAGGCGCGGGUGGCGAGGGGCGCGCGGAGGGAGCGGGCCGAAGACGGCGGCGGCGGCGACGCGGGAGACCGAACAAGUGGCUCCUGUCACCUCUCUGAGUACCCCUUAGAGGCCACCCAUCCCAGCCUGACCAAUGUCCACCGCCAGGGAGCAGCCCAUCUUCAGCACCCGGGCGCACGUGUUCCAGAUUGACCCCGCUACCAAGCGCAACUGGGUCCCCGCUGGCAAGCACGCACUUACUGUGUCCUAUUUCUACGAUGCCACCCGAAAUGUGUACCGAAUCAUCAGCAUCGGGGGUGCCAAGGCCAUCAUCAACAGCACAGUCACCCCCAACAUGACCUUCACCAAAACCUCACAGAAGUUCGGGCAGUGGGCAGAUAGUCGAGCCAACACUGUCUAUGGCCUAGGCUUUGCCUCUGAACAGCAGCUGACCCAGUUUGCUGAGAAGUUUCAGGAGGUGAAGGAAGCAGCCAGGCUGGCUCGGGAGAAAUCUCAGGAUGGUGGAGAAUUCACUGGCCCGGCCCUGGCCCCCCACCAGGUUCCGCCGAGCCCGAUGGUCAGCACCAACGGUCCGGGAGAGGAGAAGCUGUUCCGCAGCCAGAGUGCUGAUGCUCCUGGACCCACCGAGCGGGAGCGCUUGAAGAAGAUGCUGUCAGAAGGCUCCGUGGGCGAGGUCCAGUGGGAGGCCGAGUUCUUCGCACUACAGGACAGCAACCAGAGGCUGGCAGGGGCCCUUCGCGAGGCCAAUGUGGCUGCCGCACAGUGGAGGCAGCAGCUGGAGGCCCAGCGGGCAGAGGCCGAGCGCCUGCGGCAGCGGGUGGCAGAGCUGGAGGCCCAGGCUGCUGCAGAGCCGGUGGGCGAGAAGGAGGCGACCGGCCAGUCCGCGGAGCAGCUGGAAGCCAGGGUGCAGACCAAGGACCAGGAGAUCCAGACUUUGAAGAACCAGAACUCGGGGACACGUGAAACACCUGAUACCACUGAGCGUGAGGAGGCACAGCAGAAGGUUCAGGACCUGGAGACACGGAAUGCAGAGCUGGAGCAGCAGCUCCGAGCUAUGGAGUGCAGCCUGGAGGAGGCGCGGGCCGAGCGGGAGCGUGCUCGUGUGGAGGUGGGCCGGGCCGCGCAGCUGCUGGAUGUGCGGCUGUUCGAGCUGAGCGAGUUGCGUGAGGGCCUGGCCCGCCUGGCAGAGGCGGCACCGUAGUUGGCCCGCGCGGGCCUGCGGCCCCCAGGUCCCCUGGCAGGGGCCCAUCUCUGCCUCUGAGCUUUGCGCUGUGUAGAGUUUUCUAGAAUCCAUGGGUGGCGCUGAUACCCAGAUUACAUUUCUGCGAGGCUGUACAAGCACGUGGCUUUGCUGGCUGCGGCCGCCCUGCAUCGCAGGGAUGAGGGCGGGCCACAGCGGUCAUCCCCAUAGGGCAACAGAGAACCCGCAGCCAUCCCGCCCCAUUCUCCAGUCAGACUGACAGCUUCAGAGUGUUUACUGAGGUUCCCUGAGCCCGCCCAGGGCAGUAGCAGCCACAGGUUCACACUCAGGUCUGCGCCGGAGGCCUGGGAGGCUGAGGCCCUCGGCCCGCGCCUUUCUGUCCUUUCUGUCGCCGAAGCGUCUGCCCCACCUUCUCCUUGAAGCGCUUGUUCUGUUGCUUGAUCUUGGCCAGCUCCGCCUUGCGCUUGGCCUCCAGGUCGGGAUCCUGAGGAAGGAAACCUGGCUGAGAUGGGAGCCAUGGCUUCGCAGGGAACGGCUUGGUCCCCAAGCCCAUCCUACCCUUACUGGCCACGCCCCCACGCCCGGCCCUCCCCUCCACUCCCCUCGGCCCACCUUCCCCUCCAGGAUCAGCUGCUUCCGCUUGUUGAUCUCCUUCUUUUCGUCAAAAUGCGAAGCCUCCAGUUUCUAACCAGAGAGGGCACAGGUCAGGGCAGCUCCGCAGGGAGCCCGCUCUGCACCCCCUCUCCCCGUGUGCACCCCGGCGGCCACACUCACGAUCUCGCACUCUCUGCGCACCACGUUGACCUGCGUGAGGAUGCUCAGGACCUCGGCCUCUCCCACCACCAGUUCCUCCAGCUGCUUCUCUGCGGGGCAGGGCGCGAGAGCGGAGUUGGGCUGGGCCUGCCACCGGCCCUCUGCACCCUAGUUCUGGAUGUCUGCACCCAGCCAUAUUUGGACCGAUGACAUUUAAAAGAAGCAAAAUUGUGCCAAACUUGGUGGCACAUGCCUGUCACAGCAUUGGAGAGGCAGGGGAAUCACUGAAUUCCAGGCCAGCUCCUAAGAGCAAGGAUCUGUCUCGAAUAAAUGAGUGAAUAGAA